AUGGCGAAGAUGGAUAAGUGUAGUUUUCAAAUACGAGUUCUUGGAAAUACAGCAUUACAGACAGCUCGGAAUAUUAAUGGACUAUUUCAUUCUAAUGUCAUUACACAGCAGAAAGCAUCAAAUUGGCUUGCAAAAUUUCGUUCAGAUUUAACGAAUGAUGGCAGCUUCUACAGUGGAUUUUGGGUCACAGAUGAACCCCGGUUAGGACGGCCAACUUCUGCGACCACAGAAGACAAAGCCGAUGCUGUGCACGUCACGAUUCUCAAGGACAGCCGGAUUCGAGCUAAAGUCAUAGCUGAGACUCUGUGGAUUUCCCGCGAAAGAGGUGACCAUGUCAUUCACAACAUUAAAGACAUGAGAAUGUUUUCCGCAAAAUGGCUGCCGAAAUAUAUGAACGCAGAUGAGAAGCGCAUCAAAGUGAUGACAUUAAAAUGA